UCCUGCAGUGGGUCGACCGAGGAAGGACCCUGAUGGUGCCAUCUGGCGGAGCGAGGGAGGAUCGCAUUCAUGGUACACAUGUUUCAGCGAGUCCGGAAUUAUCAGUGCAGGAAGUCAGGAAGAAGUGUCCUUCGAAGAAGAAAUCCGAUACAGGAGAAAAGGCCAUUGGAGAUGGAAAUAAAGUCAAAGAGGAGGCGCAGCGGGAAAUUCGAAUAGAGCAGGAAGGACGUAGGGAUUCUCAGAACGAAGGAGAAGGAAGAAGGGAGUCCCAGGAUUCUCAAAACGAACGGAACGAACAGAGAAUUGGUGCAGAGGGAGACGAGAGUCCGCGGUUUUUCGAAUGUCCGCCAUCUUCUUGUCCAGAACCGGAACCUUUCAUCGGCAGAGCACAAGUUUGUCCAGAUGAAUAUGUUCCUCCAACUUGUUGCUACAUAAAGAUGCAGAAUCCUUGCGCUCCUUGUUGUUGCGAAGAUAAACCUGAAUCGAAGGCACCUGUUUGUCCACCUAAAUGUUACCCGGAAGUUCCUAGAGAGCCAUCUUGUGGAUGCGAUAGUUGCCAGAAAAGUUUUGCCGAACGAAAGUGCUGCGAUCGGUAUGGAAACGUUAGAGAAAGCCACUUAGAAAAAGCGUAGAAAAGAAGUCCGGCAUAUCUCGUUGGGCGUGGUCUUCGGGAAGAUAUCUCGAAGGUUUUACUCCUUGUCGGCGGCAUUUCGUGACGCCAUCCGUCGGUGUAUCGACGUGGAAACGUAGAAAAGCAGAGUGGCGAUCAGCUGUUCGUCCCGCCCCUAAAAACUCGCCCAUCGA